GCAUUCCAUGAGAAUCCACAGUUUCUUUUUCCCUCUUUCUUCUACGGUGACACUCACAUGCGCAUUGGUGUUGUAGUACUUUCUAUCCAGACAAGAUGAUUGAACCGUUUCAGGUGGGCUCUUGCCAGGGUUGACGAUGCAUCUCGUGAGGGGAAUGCCUAACUAAUCGCUUAGACUACCUUUGCGGUCCCGAUGACCUGCGAGGGCUGCGUCAAGGAUGUUUCCGCAUCGCUGAAGAAGUUGGAGGGUAGGCGCAUCCGCAUUGCAACCCUGUGCGCGAGCUGACCGGUCAGGCAUCAACAAGGUCGAGGCAAACCUUAAGGACCAGCUAGUCUUCAUCGAGGGGACGGCACCACCCAGCUCGAUUGUCUCCGCUAUCCAAGCUACGGGACGGGAUGCCAUUCUACGAGGCAGUGGCACCUCCAACAGUAUGUCUAUCACCUGCCUACUCCAGGCAGUACACCGAGACUGAUGGCACCAUUGCAGGUUCCGCGGUGUGUAUCUUGGAAACCCACUCGAAUAGCGUCUCCAACAAGAUUCGUGGUCUGGCGCGCAUGGUCCAGGUCUCAUCCAACAUGACCCUGGUCGACCUGACGAUCAACGGCCUUACUCCCGGCAAGUAUUAUGCCACGGUACGCGACACAGGGGAUAUCUCGCAGGGUGCUGGAUCCACCGGCGGCAUUUGGGAGGCCGUCAAGGCUAAAGUGCUGGGCUCGGAGCCAGUCAAGGAACCCCGCGGCAUUUUUGGAUCGGUUGAGGUGAACGACAAGGGCCGGGGCAAUGUAUUUUUGGAUCGCCCGGUAGCGGUGUGGGAGAUGAUUGGGCGCAGUAUGGUAGUGUCGAAGAGCCAGGAGGGGCCCUUUCGACAGGAUGACCCUGACACUCUAGUGGGAGUGAUCGCUCGAAGCGCGGGGGUGUGGGAUAAUGACAAGAUGGUGUGUUCCUGCUCCGGUAAGAAUGUGUGGCAGGAGCGGCAGGAGCAGGUGGCCCAGGGAAUGGCCUAAAGGGGAAGAAGAGAGAGGAGAUGAGGAUGUGGUUGG